AUGGCUACCCCCGUCCAAGCUCGACGACAAAACCCUCGAGCUCCAGACGCGCCGCCUUUGCACACACGAAGCGGAAACAAGCACCAUGCAAUACACGGUCCGCCCACCGUCCGUCGGACCCGCGAGCAAGUAGAGGCGGAUGAGGCUGCAGCUAGGGUGGCGCACGACGAGGCAGAACGACGUAAGCAAGCUGCGCUUGCGCGUGUCGCAGCAACGGAAGAUGAGAACCAGGAGGAGGACAAGCGGCGCCGGGAAUUGGCGAAAGCUGGGGCUCGCGAGAGGACGGUGCCGGUCCAGCAACCCGCUUCGUCCCACAAGAGCGUUGCUAGCGAUGAGGACGUCGACAUGCGCUCGCUUGAUGACGGUAGCGGUAGCGGGUCGGAGGACUUGAAGAUGAGCCGACCAAAGCGCCGAAGAAACCAAGCAAGGGCACCUGCACCGACGUUCAAGCAUUGCGUCAAACCCAGGAUACGCACCGGGACUCCAGACGUCGGAGGAGGAGGGAAACGAAAGGCGGGGAAGGAUGAUGGCCUUAAAACGAGCAAGCGGCCAAAGGUCGUCCUGAAGAAGGCUGGUUUGGCGCCACCAGUCCCUGCGAAGCGGCAGCCUGCAACGUCACCGACACAACUUGAAGACGGGGACUCAAUGUUCCAGCCCGGAGGGCCCGCGCUUGAAGACGGACACGAAGGCAUCGAGCAUCCCGCUCGUAAAGGACCGAGCAAAGGCCUCCCGAAGAUUGAUUCCGUCAAAAUCUCUCAAAAGCAACUUCGCGGUGGAGGCGGCAAAUGGACAAUUGCUCACCUACCUCCCAACGCGGAGCCCUUGUUCACCCGCGUUUUCAUCCCGCUAACUAAGGAGCAGAUUAGCAUUUCGGAAUCAGACCCGUGGCUCAAUCUGGGAGUCGCUGACAUGCAAACUGUCAUUGACCGUGUCUACCCGAACGAGGGUUUUAUCGUCAAGCCCAAAGAAGCCUGGUUUCAUCUGGUUCACUAUCGGGCUGUCGACUACCGGCGAGGAUUCCUCGACCAGGCAAAGAAGGCAUUCGAGUUGCAGCUCGAGAGCGGACGGGAGGCCAUCGCAGAAUAUGAGGCUAAAGCUGCGGCGAAAGCAAAACAAGACAUCAACGGAGAGGAUGAAGGGGACGAGGAUGCCGACGAAGGCCACGGUUUGAUUCCAGUCGAUACCCCUGCCGGCGUUGCAGACCUCGUCGAGUACUUCCUUACUUCAAGUGGCGACGGCCAUUCGAAGGCUUUCCAUUGGAAUAAGUGGGAUGAGUCUCAGGAGAGCUGCACGGGCCUCUUUGAGUCUUUCCUUAUCAAAUAUACGUUCACAUUUCAUCUUAUGUUUCUCGACACAAUUCCACAUGAAUAUCGCCAAUCUUCGAAACCUCCGUAUGGUGCCCUCCUCCUCUCGAUUCAAGCGGUGGAAUGUGUCCUUCAGCGUUGGACAACUGGUAUUUAUGUUGCACCGCCAAAAGGGCACAAAUAUGAGUUUUCGACCGACAAUUGGGGCGACGCUGUCGAGACGAUUGGUAAGCAACGACGCAAGAUCCGGCGGGCCACGAAAUACCUCAAGACACUGCAAGCGUGGACGGAGGACGAGUGGGAGGGCUAUAUUGAGUCCGCUGCUGCCUUCAAGGUGACCAAAAACCGAUGUAGUCAUAGUCGGUCAUCAAGCCGCGUAUCGUCGAACGCUCCUGAAGAACUAGAGGAUGAGGAAGAGGAACAAUUUGUUAUUUCACGUCGUUAG